AAUGUAAGAUGGUGGUUAGGAGGCACUGUCGCUCUACAGAGAGGCUGUAACACACAAGACUUGGUGUUUUCGCAUCAAAUCACACAGGAGCAGGGACAAACCAUCCCAGGAAUUUAUACUGUGACCUGCUGUGCUAGACCUGAGCCGCUCACAUAGAUUGUAUUUGCUGUGAAUCUGACUGUUCACAUAGACAGGGCUCUGCCUCUAAACUGUGAGAACACACCGCUCUUUUCUCUGCGUCGCGUGCCAUAGGAUGUCCUGCAGCCCUGAGGUGAAGGAGGACCCCAUGGAGUGCCCACUGUGCAUGGAACCGUUGGAGAUUGAUGACGUCAACUUCUUCCCCUGCACCUGCGGCUAUCAGAUCUGCCGCUUCUGCUGGCAUCGCAUACGCACAGACGAGAACGGCCUCUGUCCGGCCUGCAGAAAGCCCUAUCCAGAAGACCCUGCAGUAUACAAACCUCUCUCUCAGGAGGAACUUCAGAGGAUAAAGAACGAGAAGAAGCAGAAGCAGAACGAGCGGAAACAGAAGAUCACAGAGAACCGCAAACACCUCUCCAGCGUGCGAGUCGUCCAGCGAAACCUGGUGUUUGUUGUGGGCCUUUCACAGAGACUCGCCGACCCUGAGGUCUUAAAAAGGCCGGAGUACUUUGGGAAGUUUGGGAAGAUCCAUAAGGUGGUCAUCAAUAACAGCACUUCUUAUGCUGGUUCACAGGGUCCUAGUGCCAGUGCCUACGUCACUUACAUUCGCUCAGAAGAUGCCCUUAGAGCUAUACAGUGUGUUAACAAUGUUGUAGUAGAUGGCAGAACACUUAAGGCUUCUUUAGGUACAACUAAAUACUGCAGUUAUUUUCUAAAAAGCAUGCAGUGCCCUAAACCAGACUGUAUGUAUCUUCACGAGCUGGGAGACGAAGCUGCUAGUUUUACAAAAGAAGAAAUGCAGGCAGGGAAACAUCAGGAAUAUGAACAGAAACUCUUACAGGAACUCUACAAAACAAAUCCCAACUUCCUACAGAGCUCGACAGGAACAGGAGAGAAGACAAAGAGCAAAUCAGGCACAUCACAGAGUUCCAACAGUAACAGCAAAGAAGCGUGGCCUUCGUUACAAACCACAGGGAAGAUGCCCAAUGGGCUUUCAGAACACCAUAAGACUCCACCCUUAGAUGGAGGCUCGGACUCUGAAAACAUGACUCCAGACGGCCUAGACUCUGACCUGGGCCUUGGUUCUAUCACUGGUCUGCCCUCCUUCACGUCGAACUGUGAACCCGUCAGCCCAACUAGCAAACCUUCAGAUUCCAUCAGUUUAAGUAAUGGAGAAACAUCACAAAUUUCCGGCAAUGACUCUCCAUCACCCCCUCCUGGCCUGAGUAAGCCAUCUCUAGUGGUGCCUAACUGUGUGGCAGGGUUGACAGUACGGUCGCCUUUCGAAGGAGCAGCGGCUGAGUCACAAUCAUUGUUUUCAGACAACAGCAACUUCCGGCACCCCAAUCCCAUCCCCAGCGGUCUGCCUGGCUUUCCUAAUUCCCUUCACAACAACUCCGAUUGGCCCACUGCCCCAGAACCACAGAGCCUCUUCACAUCAGAUACCAUACCAGUGUCGUCCUCUACAGACUGGCAAGCAGCCUUUGGCUUCGGCUCUUCAACGAAGCAACAGGAUGACGACCUCGGCUUUGACCCAUUUGACGUCACCCGUAAGGCACUGGCAGAUCUCAUUGAGAACGAACUCACUGUGGAAGACUCCUUUCCCAUGACCAUCACAAAGUCGGCGCCAGUAAUGCCCCAUGGGCCAUUACUCGGCCCUCUCCACAACGCUCCAUCCAUAAAAAGCCCACUUCAGCCCCCAACUUCCUCACACUUUGCCCCAAACUCCAGUCUGCCCUCACGGGGCUUCUCCCAUCUCCCGCACCGCACAGUCUACAACUCGUUCAGCUUUCCCGGGCAAGCGCAGAGCUCUCGGCACAGCUGGAUGGGGAUGCCCAUGCGCAAUAACCUCCCGCACUUGAAUCACAGCACAGGCCCUUCUUCUGCUGCACAGCACAGCAGCUUUUUGGACUUGAACUUGGCUCCACAGCAGCAACAUCAUCACAGUACAGGGCUCGGUGGGAUCCAUAUGACAGAAAACAGCACCUCAGUAGAAAGUCUGAAUGUGAAGGAGUGGCAGGACGGGCUCAGAGCACUUUUACCCAACAUCAACAUCAACUUCGGAGGACUCCCUAACUCCUCUUCAUCUUCGUCAUCUUCAUCCUCUUCCUCCUCCAGCAUGAACCACACAGGCGGCAUCUCACACAGCCUUAGCUGGGACGGCACAGCCAGCUGGAUGGACCCCGCCAUCAUCACAGGUAUCCCAGCGUCCUCAGGCAACAGUCUGGACUCUCUGCAGGAUGACAAUCCUCCACACUGGCUCAAAUCCUUGCAGGCGCUCACAGAGAUGGAUGUCCCUUCUGGGUCCACAGUGCCCCCUCAGCCCCCUCACAGCGGCCCCUUUGGAGCCCAGUUCCCCCACAGAGCCGGCUGGAGCCCUUAUCCGACCACAGCCACAGCCAACCCCGCCACCCAAUUCCACUCGCCUCCCCCAGGCUUCCAGACCGCCUUCAGAGCCUCAGCCCAGGCCUCCACAGAUCUGCUACAGAGUGCCGGCAUGGAACGCCAUUAGGAACUGUGAAAUCCUAUUCCCCUCAUCCGAAGAACAGCCGACAAACACGGCAGAUGAAUCAGUGCAAAGUUAUUAACAAAAUAACAAGAUUAUGUAUUGUUUUCUCAUUUCAUCUUGCACUCAUUUUUAGUCCGUUCCUGGAUUUAUGUUUCUCACGGUUUAGUCUUUCUUUAUUCCUUGUUGCCCAAUCGCUCUGUUCCAGCUUUCCCAUUUUCAAACGGUUGCAAAAACGAGACAGUUGUCACAGCAAAGCAUAACAAGUAAGUUUUCCACAGUUACGGGGCCUAAAGUAACUCCUUUGUAAUUCGUCAUGAUAACGUCAAUGCAUCAUUUGUGGAAAUCCGAAUCACGCCAGAUGCGUUUCCCAGAAAUUCCAUUGGAACCAAAUGGAAGGAAUCAAACAAAAAGUGUCUUGAUUUAGAACUAAGUGUCUGCCUUCAAAAGCUAAACCAAAAAAAAAAGAACAGCACCUGUUCGUCCAUCUGCACAACAGAGGAGCUUCUUCCUGUGAGAGUCCUUAAAGCCAUGCUUCGAAGCAAUCAAGUAGAUACCCGAAAUCAAAACAGGGCUUCAGAUUUUGUGUUUGAUCAGAAGAGUACUUGACUUCCAUUAUUCUGACGGAUCAAAGGCAUAAUGAUGGCGAAGCAAAAAGCACUUUUACCCAGGAUCUUUAGCCUUCAACUUUGUUCUACCUUUUUGUGCCCUUUGGUAAAAGGGAGAUGCAUUUUUAAGGGUUCUAAACAUGGUGCCCACUCUCGACGUGGCAUUUAGCUGUAGAUGGAUGCAGGCCUUUGCCUUUUGACCCUUCCACCAAAUUGCCUGGUUGGUCAAAGGGUCUUCCGCUUUAGAUCGCAACUCUUCGGUUAAACUCUGUAUCAGAGGGCGGCGCGUUGCGAAAUUAAGAGGAAUUGAGAGUUGGGUAACACGGACCCUUUUCAAUCGCAGGGCUCGUGUAGCAAGAGACACCACUGUGUGGUGUUUCUCAUAGCUGCCUCGACGUACGUGGCCUAAUCAGUGUUUACGCUUGACUAUGCUCCCUGAAGAAACUUGAAGGUGUGCGAGGUGUCCAGAGUUUUGGGAAAUAGAUCUAGAGUUGAAGUGUGGCGACAUUUUAAAUGUGAGUUCAUAGAGUGAAACUUGGUGGGUGAUUGAGAUUUGGUGGGUGAGUGAAGAAAAUAAUCUGUGUUAAAGGGCUUUCGAAUGAUAAUGGCAGAGCGAACAUUACAGAAGUUGAUGUGAUCAUGCUGUUUGUGUCUGUAGCAGUUACUUUGCACGUUUAUUUUUUCAACAAAAAAUCGAUACAACGGAAAGCUGGGAUAGCGGCGCUACUGGGCAACUAAGGUUUUGGCAAUACACUGGGGUCUUGUCUGGGACUGUUAACACUGUUCGUCACUCCUACUUGCACCCCCCCACAAACACGACCCUACCAUUUCAAUUUUUUAAAUGGUCUUAAUCCUUUAUCAGCUGUGUAGGUUGCCGCCGAACACUCGGCAUUCAACAGUAUUCAAGUGGAACGAAUGAAACGAAACCAAUACAGUUUAACUUUGGGGUUUACACAGUGCUAAAAUGUAAGAAACAAAAAAAAAGUUGAAGGAAGUUGUACCUCUCUAAAGGUCUGGAGGAACAUAAAACUAAAUCUUAAAUAAAAGACGAAAUGUCAUGCUUGA